AUGCUCGUCGUCGCCACCGCUCUUUCCGCGGGCCUCGUGCUGCCUCGUGCUGCCUCGCCGAGCGCUGGCCUCGUCCGGCCUGCGCACGCGGCGACGCACCGCGCCGCCGUGGUCGCCGAGGCAGCUGCCGUCGUCGCGAGCGAGGUGGUCACUCCCUCCGAGUUUCCGGCCGGCAACCUCCGCAGCCUCGCCGAGUACGACGAGAUGUACGCGAGGUCGGUGGCGGACCCGUCGGCGUUCUGGGCGGACAUCGCCGACUCAUUCCACUGGGAGCGCCGCUUCGACGAAGUGGUCGACGCCAACUUUGACUCGACCAAGGGCAAGGUGUUUUCGUCGUGGUUCAGCGGAGGCACGACCAACCUGUGCUACAACGCUCUCGACCGGCACGUGGCCGCGGGCAAGGGCGACCAGGUGGCCUUCUACCACGAGUCCAACGAGGAGGGCGAGGAGCUCCCCGCGUGGACUUAUGCUCAGGCGCUGGCCGAGGUGCAGCGCCUCGCCAACGCACUGCGCGGCGCCGGCGUCAAGAAGGGGGACCGCGUCACACUCUUCAUGCCGAUGGUGCCUCAGCUGGCGCUGGCGAUGCUCGCGUGCGCUCGGAUCGGCGCCGUCCACACCGUCGUCUUCGGAGGCUUCUCCGCCGAGGCACUCGCCUCGCGGAUCGAGGACGCCGCCUCGCGCGUCGUCAUCACGGCCGACGGGGUGAUGCGCGGGAAGAAGCUGGUCGGGCUGUACGAGAUCGCGGACAAGGCUGCGGGACUGGUGCGGGGGCUCGAGGUGGAGACGCAGAUCGUGCUGCAGCGGCUGCCCCCCGACGUCUCCGGCGUCUCGCUCAAGCCAGGGCGCGACGUGUGGUGGGGUGACGCGACGGCGGCCGCCGAUCCGGAGUGCAAGGUGGAGUGGGUGGGCGCAGAGGACCCGCUCUUCAUCCUGUACACGUCCGGCUCGACCGGCAAGCCGAAGGGCGUGCUGCACUCGACGGGCGGGUACAUGGUGUACGCCGCCACGACCACAAAGUACGUCUUCGACCUGCAGCCAGGCGACGUCUACUUUUGCACCGCCGACUGCGGCUGGAUCACCGGCCACUCGUACGUGACGUACGGCCCACUCCUCAACGGAGCGUCGCAGCUCGUGUUCGAGGGCGUGCCUUCCUACCCGGACGCAGGCCGCCUCUGGCGCAUGGUCGACAAGUACACGAUCGCGCAGCUCUACACGGCGCCGACGGCCAUCCGCGCGCUGAUGCGGGAGGGGACGGGGCCGCUGCAGGGGACGAGCCGCUCGUCGCUCAAGCUGCUCGGCUCGGUGGGCGAGCCCAUCAACCCGGAGGCGUGGCGCUGGUACUACGAAGAGGUCGGCGGCUCGCGCUGCCCGAUCGUUGACACGUGGUGGCAGACGGAGACGGGCGGCGUCAUGAUCGUGCCGCUGCCGAUCCAGGGCGCUUCGAUGAAGCCCGGCUGCGCGAUGCGUCCCUUCUUUGGCGUGCAGCCCGCCGUCAUCAACGAGCAGGGCGAGGAGAAGGAGGGCGCGUGCGAGGGCCUCCUCGCUAUCAAGGCGGCGUGGCCGUCGACCAUCCGCGACGUCUUCGGCGACUACGAGCGGUACCAGCAAACCUACUUCCCCAUCCCCGGCUUCUACCUCACCGGCGAGCCGCCACGACGAGGAGGCGACGGCUGCCGCCGCGACGAGGACGGCCACUACUGGAUCACCGGCCGCGUGGACGACGUGAUCAACGUGUCUGGCCACCGGAUCGGCACGGCCGAGGUCGAGUCGGCCGUAGUGCUCCACCCGAACGUCGCGGAGGCGGCGGUGGUCGGCUACCCGCACCCGGUCAAGGGGGAGGGCAUCUACAUCUACGUCACGCUCAACGAGGGCGUACACGAGUCGGACGAGCUGCGCAAAGCCCUCGUCAUGCAGUGCCGCUCCGAGAUCGGCGCAUUCGCGGCGCCCGAUGUGGUCCACUGGGCGCCAUCGCUGCCAAAGACGCGCUCGGGCAAGAUCAUGCGGCGCAUCCUCCGCAAGAUCGCCGCCUCGGGCAAGGAGGUGACUGCGGACGAGCUCGGCGACACCUCCACGCUCGCCGACCCGCCCGUGGUGGACCAGCUCAUCGCCUCGCACGGCAUUUGGCUGACGUACGUGGCGAGAUCCGCGGGCAUCCGCCCCAUGCGCAACAUUUUCACGUGGGUGGGUGUCAGUGGUGGCUCAGAGGCGCAGUCGCUGUAAAUAAAUAAAUAGAGCAGGCAUACUUCGUAUC